AUGCCUGCAACAUUCGGAAAUUACGCUGGUACCGAAUCGAAGUCGAAGGCUUUCCAUUAUUCGCAAGCUGUCAAAGUAGGAAACAUCGUGCGGAUAUCUGGCCAGGGUGGCUGGGAUGCGGAAGGAAACGUAGCCCCCAAUGCUCAAAAGCAGGUAGAACUAGCACUCGAAAAUAUCGAGAAGGCUCUCCAGUCUGCCGAAAAGAGCCUGUCUUGGAAGAACGUCUACGCUAUUCGAUCGUACCACACAAACAUCGACGAGUCUGCCGACAUGUGCAUCGAAGGCUGGCGACGGGUCAUGCCUGAUCAUCGGCCAGUAUGGACAUGUGUCGAGAUUACCAAACUUGGUAUCGAAGGCAUGCAAAUCGAAAUUGAGGUGGAAGCUCUCAUUGAGUAG